AUUGCUUUCCAUCUAUAUAAUAUUAUUUCUGCGAUUGUUGACAAUUUUGUCAAAACAGUUGUGUGUGACAAUUAUUGUUUUUUAACAAUUUCUAAUAUUGCUCUAAACUGCCAGUGAAUUUUUUUUACUGUUAUAAAAUGUCUUCCAACAAAAUAUGCGAUAUUGAAGAUGAUGUUAAAGAUGCUCUUAAAAAAUUUCGUUUUCGUAAAAGUCAAACUAAUGCUGCCCUUAUUCUUAAAGUCGACAGAGAAAAGCAAAAAGUUUGCAUCGAUGAGUUUGUAGAGGAUAUUCAAAUGGAAGAGGUGCAGGAUCUUAUACCUGCUCAUCAGCCACGGUAUAUUGUUUAUAGUUAUAAAAUGGAACACGCUGAUGGUCGUGUUUCAUAUCCAAUGUGUUUCAUUUUUUAUACACCACGUGAUAUUCAAAUGGAAUUGCAAGUUCUUUAUGCAGGAAUGAAACUUGUAUUGCAACGUGAAGCCGAAUUGACAAAAGUAUUUGAAGUACGUGAAUUAGAGGAACUUACUGAAGAUUGGCUUAAGGAAAAAUUAAGUAGAUAGAAAGAAUUAUAUAUUUCUAUUCCAACAUUUUAAUAUUCUUUUUUAUAUUAUGUUUUUCAUUUUUUUUUUUGUACAAAUAGAAACAUCGAGUUUUGUUUAUUGACAAAAAUCGAGAAAGAAAAAAAUUCUCAUUAGUUUUACCAUAUUUUUUUUUCUUUUUUUUUUGUUUAAGUCUUAUUAAAAUUAAAUAGCUUUAAUUUUAUUUAUAUAUCUAUUUUUAAUAUGCAAUAAUUUACUGUAACAUGUAUUUGAUUAUUCAAAUGGAAUUGAUUUUUUUAUUUAGAUUUAUAAAUUUCAAUUUAAAGUUAAAAUUCUUUAAUUAGAAUAAAAAAAAAAAAAAAAAUUGUUCGAUUUUGAUAAUUUUGGAAAUUUUUUU